AAAAAAACACACACACACACACACACAUAAAUACUAAGCAUAUCCAUUUACCUAGCCAUAAAUAUAUUAGUGAUCAUCAUAUAUAUUACAGAUUAUGGGAAACUGCUGCAUGGUAGAAUCUUCAGUGGAAUGGGCAGGGGAUGAUUGGGGUUCAUUGACAACAUCAUCAAGACAUGGUAACCUGCAUAAUUCAAAGAAGAAUAAUAAGGUGCUUGAUGAAGAACAAGAUGGUGGGUUGGGAAACGUGGAGAAGGAGAAGCUUCUUAUUGGUGCCUUAAGAGCUUCUUCUGAUGAAAAUGGAAAAGUCAAGAUUAUGAUUUCCAAGAAGGAGCUUAAGAAAUUGUUGAGAGCACCCUCAUCAUCACAACAUCAAGGUUCUUCUUCUUCUUCUUCUUCUUCUUCUUCUUCAGCAGAACAAGUUCUUGCUCGAUUGAUAUAUGCAAGAGAUCACUAUGAUCAACAUGAUCUUCACCAUAGGCACUGGAGGCCCGCACUUCAGAGCAUUCCUGAAAAUUAAUUCACUC